UGAGGACGUCCGGGAGCGCGCGCGCCGCCGCGGAGCUGGGCCAGAGUUGCCUACGACGGGGUCUGAAGGUGAUGGCUCUGAUCGAAGGCCUCGAGACGGCGUUUCCCGCUGUUCCUGCCGUCGCUACCUGGGCCUUGGUCCGCUCAUCGUCAUGAGAGGAGACACAGCCCUGAAGCAAAGAAAUCACAGAACAAGUAUUCAAGGGCCAUGCAAGCCAACUGUAGUCAACUGCACAGCCCUUCAGGAGCUGCAGGCAGUGAGAAUGCCUCAGCCUCCCAGUGUGUCCAAACAAGACUGACAGGAGAAGCUUCCUGUCUUUAUUCUGGAGAUGUUCAUAUCCAGAUAAGCUCCCUACCUAAAGAAUGUGCUGAAAAUCCAAGCUCCAGAAAUACAAGGUCAGGUGUCCACAGCUGUACGCAUGGGUGUGUCCAUAGUCGCUUACGGAGCCACUCCCACAACGAAGCCAGGCAACCUGAUGAUAGCGACACGGAGUAUGGAGAUCAUGGUAGCAGCUCCUUCUCAGAAUUCCGGUAUCUCUUCAAGUGGUUGCAGAAGAGUCUUCCAUAUAUUUUGAUUCUGGGUGUCAAACUUGUUAUGCAGCAUAUAACAGGAAUUUCUCUUGGAAUUGGGCUGCUUACAACUUUUAUAUAUGCAAACAAAAGCAUUGUAAAUCAGGUUUUUCUAAGAGAAAGGUGCUCAAAGAUUCAGUGUGCUUGGUUACUGGUAUUCUUAGCAGGAUCUUCUGUUCUUUUAUAUUACACCUUUCAUUCUCAGUCACUUUAUUACAGCUUAAUUUUUUUAAAUCCUACUUUGGACUAUUCAAGCUUCUGGGAAGUUCUUUGGGUUGUUGGAAUUACAGACUUCAUUCUGAAAUUCUUCUUCAUGGGCGUAAAAUGCCUUAUUUUAUUGGUGCCUUCUUUCAUCAUGCCUUUUAAAUCCAAGGGUUAUUGGUAUAUGCUUUUAGAAGAAUUAUGUCAGUAUUACCGAACUUUUGUUCCCAUACCAGUUUGGUUUCGUUACCUUAUAAGCUAUGGGGAGUUUGGUAAUGUAACUAGAUGGAGUCUUGGGAUAUUGCUGGCUUUACUCUACCUCAUACUAAAACUUCUGGACUUUUUUGGACACCUGAGAACUUUCAGACAGGUUUUGCGAAUAUUUGUUACACGACCAAGUUAUGGAGUCCCUGCCAGCAAAAGACAGUGUUCAGACAUGGAUGAUAUUUGUUCAAUAUGUCAAGCUGAAUUUCAAAAGCCAAUUCUUCUCAUCUGUCAGCAUAUAUUUUGUGAAGAGUGCAUCACCUUGUGGUUUAACAGAGAGAAGACCUGUCCGCUGUGCAGAACUGUGAUCUCAGACCACGUCAACAAGUGGAGAGAUGGUGCCACUUCAUCACACCUUCAAGUAUACUAGGUUUUCAACUUAAUGUUGAGGCCUCAAAACACUAAUUUUAUUUGGUUACAGUGACUACUGGUAAAGACAUUAGAAUGGGUUUUCAGGGCUGGAAGUUCAGGAAAAUGUUCCCAAAUGGCUUUAGAGUAUUAUACUUAAGUGUGUAGUCCAGUUUAUCAAAAUAUGAAAGAUCCUGUAUUAUGUAAGUAGUGUUCAGCCUAAUGCAUAUGCAGCAUUUAUUCUGUCCUUAUUUGACCUAUGAUGACAGUGUUACAUUGUAAAUGUGUUUUCUUGUUAAUGUUACCAAAAUGACAACUAGUGGUUUUAGAGGAAUUCGGGUAUUCUUUCCAGACACUGUUUUCAGAAUAAAGAGUAUUUUUCAUAAUAUUUUAAGAUACACAUUACCUGAAAGUAGAAUUUUCUUUAGCAUUGACUUUUAUAAUUCUCAUUCUAAAAAUCCUAAAUUUUUCCUAAAACUUGUAUUUUUAAAUGAAAGCUAUAAAUGCUAUAUUUUACCUGUACAAUCAGAAUUUUCUAAGGAAGACUAAUUUACUGAGGGUGAAAUAUUUUAGUAUUGUGUUAUUCUCUUCCCCACGUAUGAUUAGCAGUCAUUGAGAAUAAAUGACAAAUUCCUUUUCUUUGUGGACGUAAUGCAUACAAUCUUGCCCUCAGCUUUAAUGUUCAUGAUUUUGCUUUUUGUAUAGUGCCAUGGACUUUCUAGAAUUAACUAUUAAAAUAAUUCACAUGGAUUACA